AUGUCAUCUUAUCAAGCCCUAAAGGCUGAGGACCUUACAGCAUGGUCAGGGCUAGCUUGGUUUUGGAGAAUCAACAGUGCAGAGGACAACCAGAAGAGCGAGUGGAUGAAUGAAUUUUAUCGAGUCAAUUGGUUGAAAGCAAAAGUACGAUAUGACCGUUGGAGUGAAGAGCUGAAGUUGGUACAGCAUGAAAUGUGUUGGACAGUAUGGUGGUUUCAGAAGCAGGAGUUGGAGUGGAGAGCAAGGGCAGAUGAAAGCAUCAAGAAUGGGCAUAGGGCAUAUACUAAAAAGCAGGCUUCCAUGUGGGCUGAGUUUGUAGCUGAGGGUAUGAAGAGUUUUUAA